CUUAGCGCAUGCGCAUGCGCGUUAAGGCGCGGUAAACUCAGCUGAUUCGAUUUUUAGCAGUUGUAGAAACAAGGCUGUUGCUAAGAGCUAACUUUUGACACUUAGUUUUUUUUUUACGUGCAAAUAAACUUUGUAAUACCUUACACAGGAUUAACGUGUUGUUACAGACUCUGGAUAAUGGUGAUACACUGCAUGGACCAUGGCGUCUGUAGAUGGUGUCCCAUCUCCGGAGUCGACCGUCACUUCGUUGCUAGCCAGUUCAGGACGACUGAGAAGCUCUUUGCACCCCGAGCCACUUCACACUAUCAGAUACAAAGACCGGCAUUAUGAGUCCGCCUCUGAUGCUCUGGACGCUUACAUCGCUGAUUUUCAAUCCUCUGUGUCGUCGGUGGGGCAGCUGGAGCUUCCGCAGGAGCAGAGCACACCUCGCCUGCUGCGCUCAGGAUACAGAAACAGAGAUGUGCUAAAAGAAAGCCUUACAGACCAAGAGUUGGACUUCUUGAAGCUUCCCACUGCUUCAAAACGCAGAGAAUCAGACCACAUCAGCAUGACCACAGAUGAUCUGCUGCUACUUCCUGUUGACGGUUCUCUUCCUGUGACCCGCACUUCAGCUUUUCUCUCUCGAUUAGAACGUUCCAGGCUAGGGCACAGCGCCAACUUGAGUGCCUGGUCUCGAUCCGGGCCUGCUGAAGCCCCAAAUAAGUCAUCAGAUUGUUCUUCUGCAUCAAGAACUCUGUGUGUGGAUGAUUUACUGAUGGGAAGUUUGAAAUUUAAGCAUGGAUCUCUGCACUCCAACUCCAAAUCCACAAAAACAAAUAAACAACGCUCUGUUUCAUCCCAUCAUCUUCCAAGAUGGAUGACCAGUUGCAAGUCAGAGAUGGCAUUUUCUGGUUUGACUAGCAUUCCUGAUCUGAAGUACCCGGCCUGGCUGGAGGAAUAUGACGUUAAUGUUAGGCCUCAGAAUGUUCCAGCGUGGGUCAACAAGCUGGAGCAGAACACUGAUGAAAGUCAUGAGGAGCUGAAAGGUCAAGAGAACCUCAUAGGUCAAACUGCUGAUAAUGGAGAACCUUUCAGAGAUGAUAAGAUCGGCUCACUUAUUCAAAGGGCGGAGGAUGUGCUGAAGUCCCCUUCAUUAGGUUUCUGUAGUUCAGGUAAAGAGCAGCGUGGCAGUCCAGGAAACACAGAGGAGCUUUUAGAGGCUGAGCGCUCAUGGGACAAUCCUCCGGUAACAUUUAAGUCUCCAGUACCAGUAGGCUGCACUGAUGAACAAAUAACUGCUGAUGAAUCUCAGACAGACACAAAAGAGAAGUCUUUAGGUUCCUUCUCUUCAGGCUACAGCAGCAGGAAACACCCUGGUCCGGUUGAAGCCCUCAAACAGAUGCUGUUUAGCCUCCAGGCUGUGGAGCAGAGAGUAACACAACAAAAAGAUGAAAUACAAAACAUUUCCAGCAGACCUGUCUCAAAUCCACUAGUACAGAUAGAGAACCAUGACAAUGAUGAGGUUCCUCAACCAGGUAUUGAAGAUUAUGAUUUAGCUCCUGGUGGACAAUCAUUAAAAAGAGCUCUGCACCACCUUGGAAGACUGAAAAACCUUGUGGAUGAAAUGAACGAGAGAAGGUCUAUAGAAAAGAAGGAGGGUGGUGUCUAGCACUAAUGUCUUAUGAUUUCCUCAGGGAAUAUCAAACGAAAUGUUUCUAUAUGUGAGUCACGUUGAGUCUGAUAUCAUUAUGAUUAUAUAGUUUAUUUAUAUUACUUUAACUGCAGUGCCUUAUGAUGACUUGUCUUAAAAAUAACAACACUAUCUCAUAGUUAUACUGUAUUUUCCAAAAGUCUGAUGUUCUGUCAUUUGCUGUUGAAUUACAAGUCAACAUCAUGAUUACCAUUUUCAGUGUAUUCUCAUCCAGUGACUGAUAAUAUUUUUUAAAUAUAUAUAUAGACCAAUGGGUGCGCAUACACUGAGUGAUAGUUAUGAAAGUAACUAAUGAUAAUUAAUAAAUGAUCUAUUCCAUUGAAUUUGUGGUCUUUAAAAAACAGUAGACAGUUUUCUUACUUUGCCUCCACCUGCCAUUUUUGUACUGUUUGUCUCAUCUCAUUUUUGAUAAUAAAAAAAGUUUAUAUUAA